CCCAUGUAAUCUUAUCUCCAGCUCAGCUGUCCAAGCUGCUGUUUAUUUUUUCUUCAGUCUCAGCUCCACAGUCUCAGUCUCAGCACCAACACGCCCACAAUUUUUAAUUCAAAUUUAAAUUUACAAUACAUUUAAAUGAAACAAUAACAAUAACUAUAUAUGAAAUAUCAUUGCAGUGAGUGUGGGGAGAGACUCAUCGCGAGUGACAGUCAUAGUCGCAGUUUGUGUUCAUGUUCAAGUUGUAGGAGUUUGAGUUUGAAAUUUAACUGUAGAGUAGUGACAGUAUUACAUUCGCCUAGACAAGACACCAAGACAGCGAAAUAAUAAUAAUUAUUAUAAUAAAUAUACUGUAUUAAAUGUAUGUAGUAAUCACGAGUUCCACCAUCUUAACUCUCCAGUGCGUCAUAACAUCCUAGAAAGUAACUUUACACAACGUUCACUUGGUGUUUAAAAUCAAUCCACCAACAAUUGGACUGACAGCGUAAAAUACAAGGAUUUGUAAUUUUAUUCUUUUGAAUUGUGAAAAUUUAUGAUGGAAGUUUUGGAUCCGACAGUUACUCACGACGACGCGCCACUUUGUAUCAAUGAUUCUAUAGAAAAAUCGACAUUAAGACACAUACCAGAAGACACGAAAUCAUGUAUAAAAGCAAGAUAUACAUUAGGGUUCCUAGGAUUUCUAGGAUUCGCACUGGUCUAUGCUAUGCGAGUUAAUUUAUCAGUCGCUAUUGUCUCCAUGGUUAAUCAGACGGCCUAUCCUGAUAAUAAUGACAGCAAUGACACCACUGACGUCUGCCCCAAAAUAACGCCAGUCAAUGGAACAUUUGUUCCUAGUCCAGGAGAAUUCAAUUGGGAUGACAAGACACAAGGAAUAAUAUUGGGAUCAUUUUUUCUCGGUUACGUAAUUACGAAUGUUCCGGGUGGGCGAAUGGCUGAAAAAGUUGGUGGUAAAUUAGUUUACGGUCUAGGUGUAUUUCUAACUGCUCUAUUAACUGUCGUAAGUCCAUUUGCUGCUUACUGGGGUCUUGGUCCAUUUUUAGCAGUACGAAUUGCUGAAGGAUUUACUGAGGGUGUGACGUUUCCUGCGAUGCAUUCAAUGCUCGCACACUGGGUGCCACCUUUAGAGCGAAGUAAAUUUGCAGCUUUAGUUUAUGCAGGUUCUAAUUUUGGUACUGUGAUAUCGUUGCCGCUGAGUGGUUACUUAUGCUCAUUAGAAUUCUGGGGUGGCUGGCCGUUAGCUUUUUAUCUGUUCGGUACUCUAGGUAUUUUGUGGUACGUAUUCUGGAUGUUCUUUGUCUAUAACACCCCGGCAGAACAUCCUCGUAUUGAUUAUCAAGAAAAAUUAUACAUCGAAGCCUGUGUCGAACCAAACAAUCCGGAUGAUGAUGGAGGCGUUCCAUGGCUAUCUGUCUUGACAUCAGCACCAAUGUGGGCGAUAACGAUAACACAAUGCGGUCAAUCAUGGGCCUUUUACACCCUCUUGACCGAAUUACCGACCUACAUGGAUAGAAUUUUACACUUUGAUGUUCAACAAGAUGCAUUUCUUUCAACACUACCCUACUUGACCGCUUGGAUCAUGGGUCUAGUGAUAUCUAAUUUUGCGGACUCGCUUAUUGAAAAGCGGAUACUGUCGCCUUUGACUUCCAUGAAAUUCUGGAAUACCGUCAGUUCAGUGGGAGUUAGUUUGAGUUUCGUCGGCGCUAUUUGGGCCGAGUGUGAUCACGUUUGGCUCAUGAUUAUGCUCUCUGGACUGGGUUCACUACAAGGCGCAAUCUAUGCUGGCAAUCAGAUGAAUCAUAUCGCACUUGCUCCGCGCUAUGCGGGUACAUUGUAUGGACUCAGCAAUGCAACAGCAAAUGCAUGUGGAUUCUUGGCUCCGUAUGUUAUUGGUCGACUCAUCGAAGGUCAUGAAACAUUAUCCAGAUGGCAUAUAGUAUUUUGGAUGGCUGCGGGCAUAAAUCUUGCUACUAAUUUUGUAUACUUGAUAUUUGCAUCUGCUAAAGAACAGUCAUGGAGCCGAGGUAACAGGAGUUGAUGAUUGUGUUCAUUUAGAAAUAUAACGCUACUACGUCGGUCAUCAAGUUCAACGGCUGUUGAUCGUGUCGCUCUCAGUGCUUUUUAGUUUAAUUUUAUAGGUCGGUUUACAUUUUCUUUAUAAUUUUGUUUAAUCAAUUUAUUUUUAUUACUGACUUUUUUUUUUUUAUUGAAAAAAAAAAAUUAAAAAAUCAUUCCGACUAAAAAAUCUUUAUUUUCAUUACAUUUUACUUUUAAAAUGUGUAAUUUAAUUAAAAAAAUAUUUUACAGUAUAAAUAUUUGAUCAGCUGAUCGAUUAUAAAAGUAAUGAAGAAAAUUUAUCGUAAAAAUAUUUUUUCAUAUGGUACUUGUUUUUUAUGCUAAAAUUUUAUAAUUGUUAUCAUAAAUUAUCUUAUUUUGGUUUUUUUUUUUUUAUGAAAAAAAGACGAGGAUUAACUUAAUAUCCUAUGAUUAUAGGAUUAUUUUAUUAUUGAUGAUUAGGAACAAGAUUUUUGCAAAUGAAUGGUUCAAAUGCGUGAUAUUACGGCGAAAAUAUUGGUCUUAUAAAAAAAGUUUUCAAACAAAAGUUGUAGGAAAUUUGAUUUUCUAAAAAAAAUGUCUCUUAUGAUUUUCUUAUAUGACCAAUAUUUUCACCGUAAUUCCAAAAUUAAGAUUCAUAAUGAAUGAUUCAAAUUUUUGUUAAUUAUCAAAAUCUUCAUUUUUAAAUUACGGCUUUCUUAUUGGUCCUAAGAAAAAAUUACAAGAAACUUUUUUUUUUCUAAAAUUAAAUUUCGAACAACUUUUCUUCGAAAAACUUUUUUAUGCGAUCAAUAUUUUCACCGCAAUUCCAAAAUUAAGAUUCAUAAUGAAUGAUUCAAAUUCUUGUUAAUUAUGAAAAUCUUAAUUUUGAAAUUACGGCUUUCUUAUUAGGUCUAUAAAAAAAUUGUAAGAGACAUUUUUUUUAUAAAAUUAAAUUCCAAACAAUUUUUAUUUGAAAAAUUUUUUUAUACGACCAAUAUUUUCGCCGUAAUAUCAAAAAAUUGACACCAUUAAUUAUUAAUUGUUAUUUUUAAAUUAAGUCAAAAAUCUUGACCCUAUUGAUGAUGAUCUUUUUUUUUGAGCCAAAGUAGUUCAGUAUAAUUAAUUUAGCAUUUAUACAAGAUAAAAAAAAAAUUAAACAUUAUUUAUUAAUGAUAUUUAUUUAAUAUAAUAGAGUCAUAAAAAAAAUUUCAAUAAUUUGUUUUAAAAUUAUGAAAAAAAAAAAAAAAAAUGAAUUUUUGAAAAAAUGAAAUGAAAAAAAUAUUCGUUAAUCAAUUAUGACUUUAUUACAUUAAUUAAAAUAGAUAAUUAAUAUUUAUUUGUUUUAUCUCAAUUAUUUUUGUCACAAUAUCGCACAGUAAUGCCAAGUAAUUUAAUAAUUAAUUAAUUAAAUUUAUUAGGCGUUAGAAAAGUUAUAAAUUAAUACAGGUUAUAUAUUUCUGAAAAAAUAUUUCCUGUAACACAGUAAUAAAAAAAAUUUAAUUGAUAAUUGAUAGGUAACUAAUAAUAGAUAAUUAGUGAUAAAUUACACGGGAAAUAUUUUUGGAAAUAUUAAAAAUAUAAAACGAGAGCGCAAAUAAAAACUCAGGACGUUAUUUAAGAGGUAUUUUAUAAAGGAUAUGUAGAUUAAAAUUGUAGAGGCGUUUCUUCGAACUAAACUGUGAAAAAAAAAGAGAAAAUUUUUACUGGCAACUAGAUUUAAUUUGUCGUAUUAAUUAAUUAUGGUCUUGAAGUUACCAGACGACAGUUUUUGAAUUUUUUUUGAACAAAUAAUUAACCCGAAAAAAAAAAGACUAAAAAUAUGCACAUGUAGAAAAUUUAAAAAACUAUAGGUGCAUUUUUUUGAAAUGUUUUUUUUUUUUUUUAAUUUAUCGUUUUUAAUUAAAUCCAAAAAUAAUGAGACGUCGGCUAAUUUCAGUAUCAUAACUAAUUGGAUAUUCGCUUUAUUUUACUGGAUAUUUAAGUCAAAGUUUCUUAAAAAUUGAUGGAAUGAAAUCUAGUUGACCGAAACAUUUUACCAGUGAUUUAUUAUUUUGAAUAACGGACUGUACAAGCCUUAAAUGAUAACAAUAAUCUGAGGCAUAGUUGAUUCUUGAUACUAUCAAUAUAAAGUUUGUCAUGUUGGAAAUCAUAAUAAUAUUCAAAAUAAUAUUUAUUAUUAUUAUUUAAAUUUAAGGAGGGAAAGUGGUCUGAGGUACAAAAAAAAGAGCAUUUUUUUGUUAUUUUUUUUUUCAGAGUAUCUUCUUUAUUAACAUUCUUAAUAUUCUGCUAAAUUUU